AGAAAGUUAGCAGCGGGGAAGGAACUCCGGGCUGCAACAACGCGUGGCGGCGGCGGGCGGCAAAGGCUGAAGCAAGAGCCGCGGCGGAGCGGAGGAAGCAGGGGUGCUGCAGCCGGAGCAGGUGCAGCCGGCAGGUCCGCGCGCCCCCCUCGGUCCCCUUGCCAGAGGCUGAGGGGGGGUGGGGGGCCACCCGGACUCCGCGGGGAGAUUGGGGCGAAAGGCCAUGCGGCCGGGCUCUCCCCCGGCGCAGCGGGACAGCGGCCAGGGCCGGGGGCGCAGCGGCGUCGCUUCAUGCAGCCGGGGCAGCUGGGCAGCGGCGGCGGCGGCGGCGGGGGCGGCGGCUGAAACCAUGUCCGGGCAGCGCCGGGGGCUGCCGCCGCCGCCGCGAGCCGGGAGCCGCGAUGGCCCCGUGGCUCGCACCUCCUCCGCCUCCGCCUCCGCCUCUUGCCGCGCUGCCACCGCCCGGAGCCUCUGCUAAGGGGCCGCCGGCGCGCAAGCUGCUUUUUAUGUGCACCUUGUCCCUGUCCGUCACCUACCUGUGCUACAGCCUUCUGGGCGGCUCGGGCUCCCUGCAAUUCCCACUGGCACUGCAGGAGCCACCGGGCGCCGCCGCCGAGCCCCCGCCGAGCUCGCCGCCACCCUCUCUGCUGCCUCCCCCCGUGCGCCUCGGCGCCCGCUCGCAGCCGCCUGCGCCGCCGCCGGACAACGCGAGCCGUGGGGAGCCCCCCGAGCCCCCGGAGCAGCCCGCUGCCCCCGGGGCAGACGGCUGGGGGCUGGCAAGCGGCGGCGGAGGCGCCCGGGACGCCUGGCUCCGGACCCCGCUGGCCCCCAGCGAGAUGAUCACGGCGCAGAGCGCGCUGCUGGAGAGGGAAGCUCAGGAGUCCAGCACCACCGACGAGGAGCUCGCAGGCCGAAGGGCGGCCAACGGGAGCAGCGAGAGGAGCGGCACCGCCAGUACCCCCGACUACGGGGAGAAGAAGCUGCCACAGGCGCUUAUCAUCGGGGUCAAGAAAGGGGGGACCCGUGCGCUGCUGGAGGCGAUCCGAGUACACCCGGACGUGAGGGCAGUGGGUGUAGAGCCGCACUUCUUCGACAGGAACUACGAAAAGGGGCUGGAGUGGUACAGAAAUGUGAUGCCUAAGACUUUGGACGGGCAGAUAACUAUGGAGAAGACACCCAGUUACUUUGUGACAAAUGAGGCUCCCAAGCGCAUCCACUCUAUGGCCAAGGACAUCAAACUGAUUGUGGUGGUGCGAAACCCCGUGACCAGGGCCAUCUCUGACUACACUCAGACACUGUCGAAGAAACCUGAGAUCCCCACCUUCGAGGUGUUGGCCUUCAAAAACCGGACCCUGGGGCUGAUCGAUGCAUCCUGGAGUGCCAUUCGAAUAGGGAUCUACGCCCUGCACCUGGAAAACUGGCUCCAGUACUUCCCCCUCUCUCAGAUCCUCUUUGUCAGCGGUGAGCGACUCAUAGUGGACCCUGCCGGGGAAAUGGCUAAAGUACAGGAUUUUCUAGGCCUCAAGCGUAUUGUGACUGAGAAGCAUUUCUAUUUCAAUAAAACCAAGGGGUUCCCUUGCCUAAAGAAGCCGGAAGACAGCAGUACCCCAAGGUGUUUAGGCAAGAGUAAGGGUCGGACUCAUCCCCGCAUUGACCCAGAUGUGAUCCACAGACUGCGGAAAUUCUAUAAACCCUUCAACAUGAUGUUUUACCAAAUGACUGGUGAAGAUUUCCAGUGGGAACAGGAAGAGAGUGACAAAUGAGACUAGAGAUAUGGAGGGAAGUCUAGUGAAUAGCUAAGGAGGCUCCUUACCUGAGUCUUGUAGCCCCCUCUGCAUCCUGAGGCUUGUUGGAGUGCUGAGUAGAUCUCAUUCUCCCCAGCAGGAUUGUCUGCAACUCAUUGGCUUAAGCAAAGGGGUGGAUCCCAGGCAUCCCCAUGGAGAAACCAGGCCUGGCUAGACAGCAGCAUCUGGUUGACCAGAUGACCGCUAGAACCCACUGCUUAUCCUUGCCUUCUGCUAGUUAAUAGAGUCUGAGGAUAGAGGAUAAAUAGCUGUUGAGUCAGAGACAGUACCAGGAAUGUUUACUUGAAUGAUAGAAAGAAA